UGGGAGAAAAGAAAAUAUAGUGUAUGGUGAGGUGACAGCUCUUGAAUUAUGGCAUCCAGAAAAGUUUGGUGUGUAUUGGUCCUGGGCGUUCUUCUGCCUCAUUCUUAUGCCCAUACAGACUUCUUCACUUCGAUUGGUCACAUGACAGAUUUAAUUAAUACAGAAAAAGACCUGCUGACAUCACUGAAAGAUUAUAUCAAGGCAGAGGAGAGCAAGCUGGAACAGAUCAAAAAAUGGGCAGAGAAGUUAGAUCAGCUAACUGACACAGCUACAAAAGACCCAGAAGGAUUUUUGGGGCAUCCUGUAAAUGCAUUCAAGUUAAUGAAGCGACUCAACACUGAGUGGGCUGAGCUGGAGAACCUGGUCUUGAAAGACAUGUCAGAUGGCUUUAUCUCCAAUAUGACUAUCCAGCGCCAGUAUUUCCCUAAUGAUGAAGAUCAGACUGGUGCUGCCAAAGCUCUCCUAAGACUCCAGGACACAUACAAUUUGGAUACAGACACCCUUUCAAGGGGAAAUCUUCCAGGUGUGAAGCACAAGUCUUUUUUAACAGCAGGAGACUGCUUUGAAUUGGGGAGGAUAGCAUAUACUGAGGCUGACUACUACCAUACAGAGCUCUGGAUGGAACAGGCUCUGAAACAGCUAGAUGAUGGAGAGGUGUCUGCUAUUGAAAAAACCUCUGUUCUAGACUAUUUGAGUUAUGCUGUGUAUCAGCAAGGGGACCUAGACAAAGCAAUGAUGCUGACCAAGCAGCUUCUUGAAUUAGAUCCUGAACAUCAGAGAGCAAAUGGUAAUCUGAAAUAUUUUGAGUAUAUCAUGUCAAAAGAAAAAGAAGCAAAUAAGUCCACGACUGAAGCAGAUAACCAGACUGAUGUAGAAUCAAAGACUAAGAAAAAGGGGCGGGCCAAAGAUUACCUGCCAGAGAGAAGGAAAUAUGAAAAGCUGUGUCGUGGGGAGGGUGUAAAAAUGACUCCUAAGAGACAGAAAAGCCUCUUCUGCCGCUAUUAUGAUGGAAAUGGGAAUCCUAGAUACAUCCUGGGCCCUGUCAAACAGGAAGAUGAGUGGGACAAACCUAGGAUUGUUCGUUUCCUGGAUAUAAUAUCUGAUGAAGAGAUUGCAACUGUGAAAGAACUAGCCAAACCAAGGCUGAGCCGGGCUACUGUACAUGACCCUGAGACUGGGAAACUGAUCACAGCACAUUACAGAGUCUCUAAGAGUGCCUGGUUGUCUGGAUACGAAAGCCCUGUGAUAUCCCGAAUUAACACGAGGAUACAGGACCUAACUGGACUGGAUGUCUCCACAGCAGAGGAACUUCAGGUGGCAAAUUAUGGAGUGGGAGGACAGUAUGAACCCCACUUUGACUUUGCACGGAAAGAUGAACCAGAUGCUUUUAAGGAAUUGGGAACAGGCAACAGAAUUGCUACUUGGUUGUUUUAUAUGAGUGAUGUGUCAGCAGGGGGAGCUACUGUAUUUCCAGAAGUAGGAGCUAGUGUUUGGCCUAAAAAGGGAACAGCUGUAUUCUGGUAUAAUCUUUUUCCAAGUGGAGAAGGAGAUUACAGCACAAGGCAUGCAGCCUGUCCAGUAUUAGUUGGAAAUAAAUGGGUAUCCAACAAAUGGAUCCAUGAACGUGGGCAGGAGUUCAGAAGACCAUGCAGUUUAUCAGAGUUUAAAUGAUACUAACUUUGCCCCUCUCUUCUGUACUUAAGUUUGUGUAAAAUACACACCUUCCACAUUUUACAAUUUACAAUCGACUAACAGUCCACCACAGUUUCCAGACACAUCCAGUGUGUCGUCUGUGGACAAACAUCCUUUUAGCUGCCUCUAAGAUAACCUUUUACAUUUUAUACACAUAGAAUUUUAUGGUUUUAAACUUCUGUGAGUUUUACAUGAAAGAAGAACAAAAUACAGGUCAGAGCCUGAAAUAAGAGAAAAUUUUGUUUAGUGCUCUUUUUCUCCAUAGAAUCUCUGAUCAGCAUGGAAAACCAAUGUGUCAUUUAUAGAGCCCAUGUAAGCUUCAGUGUGCUAAUGGUGAAAUAAAAAUGGACAAUCACAUUUCAAGGAAGGAUUCUGCAAGGAGAGCUGCAUUUAAAACCAAUCCUCACACUUCCAAGCAGCCAACUCCUUGCUCUUGAGUGCCUGACCACUAUUGUUGAACUGUGGGCAUGGUUGGUGUCUCUGGGUAACAGGCUACCUUUGGUCUGGACUACCCCUUUUUUUCCCCAUUGCCAUGAGCCCAGAUUCCACUGACUUAUCAACUGUCUUCCUACUUAUGCCUCUAGUGAAUUUGGCUCUAAAUCCUGCAAAUGAGAGCCAGCAGUCAUCUAAAAUUUAGAUGCUUUAGCAGUGAUGUGUCAGGACACUUGUGCAUCAGAGCAGCCUGAUAACAAACAUGAUCUGCUUUCCAGGUCUCUUUUUUUAAUACUUAGAGCGUGUCCAUUUAAAAAAAUGUUGCUUAUAUUGUCGUAGUAAUACACCUUUACAUCUAUUCCUUGGACAGUAGGAUGGGGACAUUGCCGUUUUUGCUUAAUCAAAACAUUGUGCCUUAAGAUACUGGAAUUUCAUAUUGGUUUUGAGGUUUCAAGGGAUGAGGUAAUGCACAACCAUACAACAGUUACUAUUGAAAAGCCAAACUUUAUCCAAUUCUGAAGUGUGUGGUGACAAAGAUAACCUAUUUAUAAUCUUAAAUCUUUCUAAAAUGCUUUUUAUUUUGUAUGUUUGAUAUGUUGAGGACACUGAAUGCACACGUAGCAGUGACUAGCCUUUAAUCAAAUCAGGGGUGCAUUUCAUACCGGAUGCCAGCUGAGGAUCUCUUCCAGACCCAACCUUGAUGGAUUUCUGGUAUAUCUCACUUCUUGUGGACUCCAGGCUUCAUAUUAACAGAACAUUUAACAUUUUUGUCAGCAGUGCUUUGUUGUAAAGAGAAGACUCAAAUAAGUGAGCUUCCUUGGCGGGGGCUCAAAUGACUUUCUUUGGUACUUCCUAUCAUAUGGAACCCAGGUUAGAACCCUGUAGAGUUUUAUAGCAUUCCCUUCAAAACACAUAAGGAUAUUCAAUUCCCUAGUCCUUGGUUUAGGCCUGGGAGGAACUGGCUCAUUAAUGUCUUCCAGCUGUUUCAAUUUAUCACCAGCCAUCACUGAACAGGGGAAGCCAAAAUUGGAAGCUUGAAUAAAAACUUUUGGUUGCAAAAGCACAUCUGCUCUUCACAUUCCUGCAGGAGAAAACUGUUGUCAUAGCUUCUGCACUAGCAGACUGCUAAAUAAAGCUGAGGCAGAGUCUGCAAGGAGGAUCAUUUUCCUAAGCCACUUUUCUUCAACAAUGGCAUUUUGUUAGUGACAUAUUUAGGUAUUUUACUAACCAAAGAUGAGAGUACAAGUGAGCUGUCAGAAUCUGCUAUAACAGUCUAAAUCCCCUUUUAUUAUGAAAUACAGAAAGCACGCUGGUGUAGGUCCACAUCCUGAAAUGUUUAGCAAGACAUAUCUUCCUCUUUGGAAAUAAUAGGAAUUGCUGCCUGAGGAAAAGCUGAUAUUUGAGCCAAGCAGUAGACGACUCCAGCUGUUAAUAUAACGGAGAAACUUCUGGAAUGCUGAGAAACAGUUCAAGGUACUACAGUUUAUUUCAGAGAAAUUAUAACUUCAGAAGUAUAGUCAUGAGCCUGUUAGAAGGGGUCCUGCAAAAUUAUUUGUCCCAAACCAUGUAUCCUCUUACAUUUUGAACUAAAGCUUUUUGGAAGAUGUUUAAUAAAGUUUGCUAGAAUUAAAA